AUGGGCGCCCCUCUAUCUGUCAGUGACCACUUUACUCAUCUAACGGCUGAACUUGACAAACGAUGGGCUCAGACUUUAUCUCGAGAGCUGGCUAGAGUUCGUGAUGAAGCUGCUCUUAAUCAAGAGGCUGCUAGAUCAUUGGCGUCAUCCCAACAAACGCGUAACUUCGAGGUAACCGAGGCAGCUGUGCAAUCAGAAGAUAGUAGAUCCCCUUCUACUGCACAAAAUGCGGAACUCUGCCAAGGCCCGGAAAGCCCUAAGUACCUUUUCACUAAAAUAAAGUGA